CUAAGUCUCAAUUUAACAGAAUGAUAGCCCAAAGUGUGCUCAGACUAACAUUUUUGGCAGUCGCUAUAGAAUGCACGAGUUCAACCUCACACCUGGCUGUAAUUAAGCUAAUUAAAAUGGUCAGCCUGGUAAAAUAUACAGGAUUCGUCUCCUUCAUACUUGUUGUGUCUGUAUGCCACAUUUCUUUAGCUGAAAAUAGUGAUGUAAGAACUCGGAAAAGCCACGGAAUUGAAAUAAAAUGCGAAGAAGUCAAAAUGAGAGUAACCGUGAAGAGAAGUUUCUUCGAGGAGAGACGCAUUCCGUUCAAACCUGAUCAUCUUCGACUCGGAACAAACUCAGCGCAGCAGAGCUCCUGUAAACCAAAGGCACCCGUCUCUGAAUCUGAAAUGUUCAUCUCUGCAGGUCUACAAGAAUGUGGGACUGAGUCAAGUGUUCAUGGUGAGUGGCUUGUGUAUUCCAACCAGCUGCUGCUGUUUCCUGCUGUGGUUCCUACCUCUACAGGUAGUGUGAUAGUUAGAGGGGCGGCUACUGUCAUACCUGUUGAAUGCCAUUACAAGAGAAAGCAGACAGUGAAUGGAGAACCAUUAACCCCAACCUGGCUUCCCAUGACAUCCACUCUCAGCGUGUUUGGCCUUCUGCACUUCUCCCUUCGUACCAUGACAGGUGGCUGUACCGCUCCACGUAGUUCCUCAGUGUACCAGCAGGGGGAAGCAGUGUUUUUGGAGGCUAGUGUGCAGACCCUGCUACAGCCUCCUCUCACUGUAUAUGUUGACUACUGCAUUGCUACGAUGAAGUCUGACCCUCUCUCCUUGCCAGGCUACAGGUUUAUCACUAAGCAUGGAUGUCUUAUGGAUAGUUUAUUGCCAUGGUCAUCAUCUAAAUUCCUCCCGAGGGAGCAAGACAGUAGACUGUGCUUCAGUGUCCAAGCCUUCCACUUCAGCCAGGAACCUGGGGAACAGAUGUUCAUCAGCUGCCACCUUAGGGCUGCUCUGAAACAAAGCUCAAACAGCAACCUUAAUAAAGCCUGCUUCUUCCAUAGGCCCACAUUCAGCUGGCGUGCCACAGAGGGAGACAGUGCUUUCUGUGAAUGCUGUGCCACUGAUAACUGCUUUAGAGAGACUGGAGAGGAGAACAGUGGCCACACGGGAUACACAACACAAGAUGCAGAAAAGAAACAUGAGGCGGACUCGGCAGUUGGGCCACUUCACAUUUUGCCACGCACCCAUUGGACAGGCCAUCUGUCAGUCAAUCGCUGAAGAGACUUUUUCUAAUUUUACAAUGUGGUGGAUACAAGGACUGUCAAGACCAUAAAAAAAGGAUUAAUGAUAAAGCAUUCAUCACUAUUUUUUUCCUCAUGACUCGUUAUGAAAACUGAAAUGUGCAUUUGAAUGCUUUGCAGAAAAGUGUAUAGUUGGAAGCCAUACCAUUGACUCUACUGCUUUGUACUUGGAGACACCUACUGUACACAAAAUGGUACCACACAAAACUGUCUGAACUGUGUCUGCAUCAUGUAAAACGCCUCCAUGCAGUAUGUCACUGCAGUGAGUCAGUUCUUACUUGUAUAGCCCAUUGUCACCCUCAAAUGGCUUUACAGUCAGUACAGCAUAUGAAACCCUGAAAUUAGAUAAGGAACCCCUCACACUUGCAUACACACACCUGAUAAAAUAAACCAUAUAAUCAAA